GCGAAAUGGAGGCGGCAGCGGCUGGGAGCGAAGAGUCGGGCGCCGCGGAACGGCCCGUGGAGACAGCAGCAGGGCGAGAAGAUGGCGGCUGUGAGGGCCUGUGGGAGCUGCCGGUGGAGCACUGCGUGAGGCGGGCCGAGUGCGGGCGCUGCCGCCGUCCUCAGAAGGUGUGUUUGUGUCCAUUCUUCCCUGUACAUCCUCUAAAAGUCUCCACCUGCUUGUAUAUAAUUCAGCAUCCAGCAGAGGAAAGUCGAGUAUUACGGACAGUGCCUCUUCUAACUGCUUGCCUCCCCGGAGACAAGUGUAAAGUCUUGAUUGGUCGACGUUUUGGUGAAGAUAGGUAUCCUGAAUUAGCAGCUGUGUGCCGAAAUUCUAAUACUCUAAUUCUGUAUCCUGGAGCUGAAGCAGCUAAUUUGGAAGAAGUGGCUUUGAUCUUCCCAAGUCCAUCUACAAUCAUCAUCAUUGAUGGAACAUGGAGUCAGGCAAAAGAUAUAUUCUACAAAAACUCUCUUUUCCGGCUUCCUAAGCAGGUGCAAUUGAAAACAAGCAUUUCAAGUCAAUAUGUAAUUCGUACGCAGCCAACAAACACCUGCCUUUCUACACUUGAAUGUGCAGCUAUUGCCCUUGCCAUCAUGGAAAAAAAUGAUGGUAUUCAGGAGACUAUACUCCGCCCUCUUCAAGCUUUGUGCUCUUUCCAACUUCAGCAUGGUGCCCAGAUCCAUCACAGCAAGGAGCAUCUUCUUAAAAAUGGUUUAUAUGACAAGCCCAUGCCAAAGAAUAAACGGAAGCUCAAGAGAAUGGAACUCUUAGUGAAUAAUGUUAAAAUCUAGAAAGACUGUACACACAGUAGUAUGGAUUUUUUUUAUUUUUUAUUUUUUUUUUUUUUGUAACUAACAAACAUAGUUUGAUAUUGGAUUGUUCCAAAUAGCCAUCCAUACGGUAAUAGACCUUUUAAACUCCUGUAUUCAAGAGGCUUCCUGUCAAUAAUGCCAACUAUGGUAAUAGGCAGCAUGUUCAGUUUUGUUGUUAUACUAGGCCAGGUGUCUUUGUUCAACUGUAGAAGGGAGGAAAACUGCAGUGAAUAAUUUAGAGCUAUGUUGUCUCUAGAGUCAGUGUAUGAUCCCCAUUAAGACUGGAUAGAUUUACUUUGGGGAAGCUUUUUCUCAGUACUGAAGAACAGGCAUUCUGUUUAAGUAGGUAGUGGUAAGGGUAAGGAUCCAAUAUUUGGAAGAAUAUUGAAUUACUUCUCGGCAUUUUAAUUAGUAAUUACAAUAGGGUAUAACUAUAAAUUCCUAUAUUAGUUAGUUAAUCUGAACAUAAGGAAAUGUGAUCUGAGUAUUUUUGUUUUAGUUUAGUGUGGCAUUAUUUCAUAUUUUACUAGUCUGUUAACUUGUUAUAGAUUUAUAUCCAUAUUGUUGUGCAGUCAUACUUGCUUUGAGCCUCUCCGCAGUUUUCAAGGGUUUUGCUUGGCUGAGAUAUGCCAAUAUAUUUUGUUCAGAUUUUAAUAAAAAAGAAAAUAUGGAAAUGGAGCUAAGCUUUUAUCUGAAUUGUAGACCAGGUUCUGCACUCCAUACUUGGGCAAAACUUCCCUUGUCUCUGUAAAACCCGUAGAAUUUGGCCCAAAGAGUAUAUGCAGUAUACCACAUCUUGUUUAAUCCCUUUGAUUUUGGAAUUUACAUGUAUUCCUGCAGAAGUUUCUGUUGAAACCCUUUCAGAAUUGAGUAGUCUAGCCAAACUGUAAAAAUAUGUUUGCAGAUGCAUCAAACCUUGUGGCGAAAUGAUUCUCUUUUUUUCAGCAAUCGUGGCGCUGCAGUGUUGCUGCCAGCAGUGGAAGCACAAGUGAAGACAAGGAUCAGAUAUUUGUAUUUGCGUCACAAAGCAGGUUUUCAUGAUGAAAACUAGUGAUAUUAGGGCUUUACCACAGUGAAAACCUGCUUUAUGAAACUGUGGUAGUAAAAGUGCCUAAUCCCUGUCCUGCCUAGUGGUUGCGCUAUAGGUAGCAGCAGUGCAUCUAUACUGGAUAGUAAUUAUUCUUAGGCCUUCUCUACACUAAGGUAUUUUUCCCAUAAUUUAUGACUGCUGCUACCACUGGACUUUUAAGUGGUCACCAGUGUUUUAACAACUGUGGAUUUGUCUAUAUUAGGAAAAGAGAUCAAGUUUAUGUCAGGACUAGCUAAGAUGUUCGCUAACCAUAACCUUUUCUUUAGUCUCAAUGCAAUUUAGAUAAAUCCCAUGUCUGUGGCUAACAUUGGUACAGCUGAACUGGUGAGAGCGACAAUGAGAAAUUAGGAACAGAAAGACUAAUGUAGACACCCUUACUGUAGAAGCACAUUUUCUAGUGAAACAGGCAAGAAUUCCUGUUUAAGGAAUGGAGGGUGUUCCCACUUAUCUUGCUGCUAUUGUUUCAGUUUGCCUUGUUUCAGAUUCAGUGGGACAGCAGUGCAUCCUUCAGUUUACACUGUGAAGGUUAUUUUCCCUAACAGAAGGGUUAAAUAUUUCUUUUCACAAAAUGUAAGUUCACAUUCUGGAGAACAGAGGAAAAUCUAUGUUAAUACUCUAAAUUCACAAACAAUUGAAGUCUUAGUAGAUCAAAGAAAUAGUCUACUUAAUUGAGUUAUAAUCCUACAUGAAGUACUGCAGUUUAGUAUGUGAAUUGAAGGUUUUUUUCAAUUCUGCAUAAGGGUCAAAUUUUUGAAUGUUUAUAUGAGAGAUUUUUAUUGAUGUGAAUAAUCUCAUUGAUGUCGGGCUACUCCCAUGAGUAAGUAUUAGUUAAGUGAGUGAUGUUUGUAGGAUCAAGUCCUAAUGUUGGACAAAUGGAUGUCUGUUGCAGUCAAGUCUGCAGUACUGUCUGUACCAUACUAGUAGAUCACUAUCCAACAGUUAUUUUAAAAAUGAAAAAAGAUGAAGUUAUUCGUUAUGCUUCAGUUACUGGAACCCUACGAUUUUACUUUCUUUGAGGAUUUUGUAGUGUUCAAUUUAACUGUAGCACUAAUUACAUUAUCUGGGAUGGGCAUUUAGUUGCUACAAAGUUGUCACAUGAAGUUACAUCAAAGCUGAACAUUUUUUGUUCAUUGCCAUUUUACUAAGAACUAACACUUAAUUUGAUUAAAGCUGUUUUAUCAUCUUCCUCUGUUAAAAUCCAAUUCUGUUGCUGCAGUCCUUUCUUGAAAACCAAGCAGAAUAUAUUCUCAAAUAAUAUUUCUUCAUGCCUUCUAUUCCUUCUGAGCACCUUUUCCAUUAUUUUUUUUCUGGGCACGAUGAAAAGUGGUUGCACAAAGACAUUUAGGGCCAAAUUUUCAGGUAGGCCUCAAUCAAGUAUUUUUUGGGGGGUGGGGGGUAGGCCUACUUUUUGCACCCACAAAUAAUUGGGUUUUAAAUUAAUUACAGGUACGAAUAAUAGACGUCUAAAUAUCUUAUUUGGAUGUGCAAAAAGGUGUAUAACUAUCACUUCUUCCUCCAAUUUAUUGCGGACCCCAAAAUACAAGCAGAAUUAUUUGCAGAUAUGACAUUGUGCAUGUAAAGAUGGAGGCCACUCUUGAAAACCUGGCCCUUAAUCUAUUAUUCUUGUAAACAGAAUUUUGAUUGGUUCUAUAUACUAAAUUGUUACUGUUUAAUUUCAAUAUUUUAUGUUACAUGACCGCGUCAUGCAGGUUGAUCAGUUGUAAGUUUAUUUUCAGAUUUUUAUAUUUUUGAUGUUACUGUAUAGCUUUUUAAACAAAAGUAUGUGUAUUAACAAACAUUUUCAGAAUUUAGCAAUCUUGUCUUCAGGCCAAUGGGGAUCAAACUUGAAAGUGAUAUUUUAAUGUAUGACAGUUAUCUCAAGAAAAGGUACUACCCAAAUCUUAACUCUUUUGAUUGUGAGAGAGCUUGAAGAGUUGUCACCUGCUUUCUGUAAGAAAUUUUAAUUAGGAUAAGUUUAUUUUGCAUUUUUAUUAUUUGCUUUAAUGGUCAUCCACUCUUCAUUUGUAAAUUAGCAAAAGAUUCUUGGGAGUUUAAAACAGCAGUCUAGCAUAGAAGUGAACCUCUAAAAACAUAUUUCAUACAGUGUAUUUUCUUUUAAUGUUUGUUGUUCUCCCCUUGUCAGCUUUGCACUUUUAAAUGUUGCUGUAUAAAUACAGUCUGCCCUCUAUGUUCCACUGAAUCAUAUCAUGGGGAAUUGGUGACAUUGCCGUACAUAUGCUGACAACAUUGAUAUCAAACUUUGGUGAAAAAGAUUGUAAUGCCAUAAAAUACUGUAAAGUGACAAAGUUUCCAGUACAAGAUGUUGGAUACAAAAGUUGUAUGUGAUUACGUAAACUAUAUAUUCACUUUA